CCACCACUUCGCUCCUAACCUUCCAGAGAUGGGAACUGCUCUGCGUUGUAAGGGUUGGCAGGCAGUCGUACUUCCACUUUCUUGAGCUGAAACACUUUUGGAGGAGAUCUUGCAGACAAAAUGGCAACAGUGAAAGAAUCGGUUCUGAUUCUGCUGCUGGAAUUUACCUGGGCAUAUUGUGCAGGUACUGAUCAGUGCAAAGUGACAGUAACUCAACCUAAAUCCAUGGAAGGCGAUCCUGCAUCAGAUAAUAUUGCUAUACCAUGUACUUUUUUUGCUGAUGGAUGCCCCACAUCCACUCCCACCAUCCUAUGGUUUCGAUAUCUUGCACAUACCCAUGAAAAUCUGUGCACUCCUGAAUGUCUAAAUAGCACAAAGUUUAAAGUAUCUGACUUAACACCAAACAACCAGACUUCGCUUGAAAUCAACAAAGUCACUGCAGAAGACAGCGCAAUUUAUGUUUGUGGGGUAGCAUUUCCACGUUCAGGUGCACCCACCUCCAAGCAAACUGGGAGCGGAACAAUGUUAGUGAUAAGAGAGACUAGGAUGUAUAGCCAAGGAGUUCAUAACACCAUGUUGGCCAUCUCAGUGCUGCUGUUCCUAUAUCUUGUUGCUCUAUUGGCAGUCUCUAAGUUCUUCACUAAGCCUACAUUCAAGAAAACAGAGAAACAAGACUUGAAAGGAAAGCCCACUGUUAGUGGUAAAGGAAGCAGAGAAGCAGUUUGUCAAGCAAUUGCAAAGGAGUUCUGCAAAAAGAAGCACAAGAGACAACGUAGGCAUGGGCGUUUGGAUAAAAGCCGCACAACAGAUAAAUUACCAUAGAUAAAUUAGAUGAACUUUUUUCCAUGGGUUUAGUACUGUAUAACUGAAAAUGUGAUUCAUUCAUUGACUAUUUUGGGGAAGAGGUAUGAGCUUAAUAUAUUAAAAACCUCCGUUGGCCAUCAAAGCAUUUUUUGCAAAGAAAUUGUAUUCUAACCAGAAUAUUAAAUGAUAAUGUAGCAUUUGCAUGCUGGCCAGGAGCUGCCUAGAACUAGGAGCUCACAGCUCUGCGUAGGCUGUGAAAUGUGUUGACUCAUAGAGACACAAGGCUGGGUAACUUCCCAAGAUAGCAAAGGAAGUUCCCAGGUUCUAGAGUGACCCCAACCACCACAGCUGGCUGCUGGCUCUCAUCAACAGGAAGAGCUAUAAAGGCUUCCUGUUCAAGCUGAGACUUUGCCUGGACAAUAAGCAUCUUAGUUGGCUCUGGCUCAUUCUGACCCUUGGCUUAUUCUCUGGUUUCAGCCCUCCUGCUGUUGACCCCCUGGGUUUGAACUCUGGCUCCCGCUCAACAGCUACCUACAGCUCAGCCUUAACACAUACCUUUCACCACUGCAACACAGAAAUGUUGCUCACCAUUUAUGGCAGCUAGUCAACACAGAAGUAUUGACCAGAAAGCAAGUGACCUUCCACAAAUGGCAGAAAGAUGGACUUAUUUGCAUAAUGGGCACUGGGCAAUGAUGGGCCGGUACCUGAAUGCCACCUCUCUUCCCCAAUUCCUCCCUCCACACAAACACGUUGCCAGUAUUUAUGUGUGUAUUCUCACUGUAUUUUCUUUCUGUAUCCAUCCUUUUUUUAUUUCACUAUUGUCGUCUUUGCUGUAUAAAAUAUUUCUUUUAAAACAAAAACUCAAUAAAAAUAUAAAUAAAUGAACAUAUAUAAAAAUCAUUAAGACCAAAGAUGCAUCACUUCCAGAUAUUUCUUGUAAGAGGGUCAGGUGUAAAAUGAAAGAUUUUUAUUUUGUGUGUGUAUGAAGCAGAACAGUAAACUUUUACAUGAACCCCUUGCAAAUUGAAUUCUACUAAUUGUUACAUGGGGAUUAACUAGGCCCUAAUACUGAGGCCUUCUUCAUACUUUACAUAUCUGAGCUGUUCGCCUAAAAAACUCAGUAGGUUAUAUCUAAUGCUAGUCCUACUGAAAUAGGUCUAUUCUGAGUAUAUGAACAUAAGGAGAGCCUGCUGGAUCAGGCCAAUGGCCCAUCUAGUUCAGCAUCCUGUUCUCACAGUGGCCAACCAGAUGCCUGUGGGAAGCCCACAAGCAUGACCUCAGUGCAAGAGCACUCCCCCUACUUGUGAUUCCAGCAACUAGCGUUGAAGGCAUACUGCCUGAUAGUAGAGGUAGGAUAUAGCUAUUGUGGCUUGUAUCCUCCAUGAAUUAAGUAUAUAACUGAACUGGAUACAACCCAAUCUGUUUUGUUACAUUCACAUAUGCAUCAUACAGGUAGACUCAUAGGAAGGCCAGGAUUGGCUCCUGCGCUGAGUGUAAUGUACAUUCAGGCCCUGCCUGAAUUUCUUACUGCAUCCAACUACAUUUACUCAGAGUAAACCCAAUGAAAUUAAUGAAUCUAAGUUACUCAAGACCACUAAUUUCAAUAGGUCUACUCUGAGUAGGACUGACACUGGAUACAACCUCCCUCUUUCAACAAGCCUUUUAAGUAGAGACCUUAUCCCAGCCUGCAUCAGUGUUGGAAUUGUUUAUAAGAUUUUUUAAAAAAGAUGUUUUGCUGUUAAAGAUGUUUUUAGUGUUUUAUUGCUUGUUUGCCUGGGCUUAUCCUGGGAGAAAGGUGGGAUAUAAACUUAAUAAAUAAAAUCAUAAUAUCCAAAAUGUCCCUCAGAGAUUUUAGUAGCUUUCCGUCCUUUUCCCUUUGUUUAUUUCUACCUUCCCUUUAUUCUCUCACCCACUCUCAUCUUUCUGCUGCCUUUCUAAAAAGCCUGUGCCUCUUUAAGAAGGACAACCCAUUUCGUACUUUAGAGGGGUACAUAUCUAACAUCCUGAUCUCAAAGUAAACACUGGGCUUUGAACCAUGAGGAACAAAAGCUGAUAUGUACUUGUUGCUCAUCACUUGCUUUGCCAGGAAGUUGCACUGACUUCUAUUGUACAGUUACCAAACUGGAUCUUGGACAAAAGGGCAGGAGCAUUGGGAUAGAGAUGUAAAAUUUCUGGAAAUUUUGAAGCCAUGGGGGAAAAAAACUUUUUUCCAGGGUUUUUUUGGGAAAAAACAGAAAUUUUCAGAAAAAUUGAAAAAAUGCAAUAUUAGCAUUUUUUUGAUUGUAGGUCACUUUGUUACUUCAAGAACAUAAAAUGUAAUUAUGUACAUGUUGGUAUGGCAUACAAUUAUCACAUUUGAUAUAUUAAAAGUACAUUUUAUUCAAACAAUUAUUACAAAUUGAAUUUACUUUUUAAAAUUUUUACUUUGUUUUGGUAACAAAUGGAGCUACAAGCUCCUGAACUGUAAGGAACACCUGAACUGUAAGGAACCUCUUUUGCUUUGCCAGUAUAUGAAGAGCAGGCAAAAAACAAUUUUAAAAAACAGAAGGAACCAUCAACAUUAAUAACAAAGAAAAUUAUUUAUGUCUCUGCUAGUCCUCCGGUGUCACACAGACAUAAAGAAUCCAUUCCCAUAAAAAGAACUAAGAAAAAGGGGGGACCAACAUUCCACAAAACAUUUUAUUCAUCAUGCUAAAAUUAAACAUCCCAUAAUCCAUUUUUUCUUCAGGUUCUUCAAUUUUUCUAAUUUUUCAGAAAAAUACAAAAAAGGAUUCAGGAAAAAAAUGGAAAAAACCUGGGUUUUUCCCUGAAUUUUUCCAUUUUUUUCCUGGGCCUUCACAUCUCUACAUGGAGGUAAGAGAAAAGGGAGAAGAUAACUUGGUCAUCCUAAGAUAUUACAAACCCAAAGAAAGAAGCUGAAGUGUAGAACUGCAAUGCAAGAUAGAGAAGAUGCAAAAGCAAUUGGCACUUGCAACUUAGGUCAGCUUAAGCAGCGGCAUGAGGUCUCUGGCCUUCCGAAAAAACACCAGAAACAGUGGCAGUGGAACAAGAUGAGGGGUGGCAUCUGUAAGGGGGGAGCAGGAGACAAGGGAGAAGAAAGAAAGUUGCAGAGCUGCCAGGGCAGUGUAGGAAGGAGAAGAGUAACCAGGGUGGUGUCAUCCUCCUUCUGCGAGGGAACCUUGCUCAUGGCUGUUGGAAGUGGGGCAAGAGCAACUCCUGUUUUGUUCUUUUGUUUAUGUUCCAGAAGGGAGAUAGAAUUAAGGUCCUCCUGAUGGCUAGGCUUGACUAUCUUUACCUGUGAUGCUCUGACUGACUUCCUUCCGUCGUUAGACUGAUAUGCUUAGGGAAGCUUAUCUGCCCCUCCUCCUGCUGCCCUUUCCUUUAUUCUCUUCUUCAACUGUCCGACUGUCCGAGAGAGAGAAGACACCUUUGUCUUCUCUCUUGCUCCUGAGCCAUGAGGGCAACUCCCAAACCUGGGUGUUGCGCCUCCAACUUAGUUAGUUAGUUAGAACUAGGUAUGACUUUCCUAUCUACUAUGUAUUUCUGUAAAUAAAGUAGCUUUUUUCUGCCACUUAGGUAAACGCACACACUUGGUACACAUGCAUUUCAGACCAUUGACAAUCUCUGCUAAGAUCUAUACAAAUUUACAUAACAAGGGCCCCCUCAAACCUGGCAGCACCCCUGAUAUUAAGACAUUUCUCUAGAUGUACAAUUGUGUGCACUCAUCAGUGGUGUUCCAGCAACACCCCCUCCCUCAAAUUGUCCCAGGCUAUGGUCUGAAGGCUCAUAAGGCCAGCUCCCUGCUGAAGCUAAGCAGGGUCAGGUCUGGUCAGUGCCUGCGUGGGAGACUGCCUGGGAACUAUAUAUAAGCCACCUUGUGUUUCUAUGAUGAAAAGAAAGGUGGGGUAUAAAUGUAAUAAAAUAAAUAAAAAACUUUGUCAACAUAGAAUUUUAUAGAACUUACUGCCAAGUCAAGCAUUUCUACUUUCAUACACGUGUAGUUCAAAAUAGUGUAAAAGUUAAGACUCUUUGUGGUGGUUCAGAUGAAAGCCCAAACCAUGAUGUGUAGAGAGGAGUCUGUGUGUACUCUCACACCCGAUGAUCCUGGUUUGUGGCAAAGUAUAGUUUGCUGUUUUGUUCAAACCAGCAAACUUUGGUUUGUACUUUCACCACAAAACCAGAGUUGGUAUUGCACUCAAACCACCUCUUUCUCACAAGAUUAUCUUUAUUUUCAUUGCCAUGAAUAACAUUUUAUAAUCUUGUGCAUUUCUUGCAAUAAAGGAAAUAAGAGACAUGUCCCUCCCACUUAUCAGGGGUGGAUGAACAAAGUCUGGGAAUUGAUGGUAAUGCAGAAACUAAAAUGGUAAACAAGGAUUCCAAAGCCAGAACAACUCUUUUCUCAUAAUCUGGUUUCCCUUUUCCUCAUAUGUUAAUUCCCCCAAAGAAAAACAAAAAAAACCCUCCCCCCAAAUUUAAACACACACAAAGUACUGUCUCACAAUUUGUGGUCCAUAUUCUGCUAAGGUAUGUGCAUACAUUUCUACUGAAGAACAGACUCCCUACAAAUUAAAAUUUGUCUUACUAACUUCUGUGCAUUGUAAAAAGGCUGCACUUUUAGUUUCUUGCUUUAUGUAUAUUUUAAAUUUGCUUUGAAAUACUCUUCUUGUCAUUUUGAUCCAUUUGAGGUCUGUUUUCUCGGUGCAUACUGGACAUUA